CACCAUAACAAUUGUUUUCACUUUUUUAACAACGUGACAAUUUUCCCUUAUAAAAAUGUCACAUCUUUUGUGACAGACUGUAAUACAAUACCUCUUUGACGAGCAUACUUACAUUUUAGAUUUUAGAAGAGAUUGGUCUGAAAACACCACACACACAAAAAAAAAAAAAAAGGGAAAAAGGAAUUUUAAUUUUAUUUUCAUAUCCAAAUUAAAUUCAUGGUUUCUUCACUUUCAGUUGCAGUUGCAUAUUCUGCUCUCAAAGAUGCAGCUGGGGUUGCUGGGAACAUCUUUGCUUUUGGGCUGUUUGUGUCACCAAUACCGACAUUUAGGAGAAUUAUCAGAAAUGGGUCAACAGAAGAAUUCUCAGGAUUGCCCUAUAUAUACACCCUCCUGAACUGUAUGAUAUGCGCCUGGUAUGGGUCACCCUUCGUAUCAGUUGAUAAUAUAUUGAUUACAACAGUCAAUUCGACUGGGGCUAUCUUCCAAAUAGUCUAUAUAUCCCUCUUCAUAGCAUAUGCUGAGCGAGUGAGAAAGAUGAAGAUGCUUGGUUUUCUAUCUGCUGUGGUUGUCUCGUUUGCCAUUUUGGUCACCUUGAGCUUAAGAGUCUUUGACUUUAAUUCAAGGCAGAUUUUUGUUGGGUUCUUGAGCUGCGCAUCUCUAAUUUCAAUGUUUGCUUCACCACUCUUUAUAAUCAGACUGGUUAUAAGGACAAAAAGUGUCGAAUAUAUGCCUUUCUACCUUUCACUCUCUUCUUUCUUGAUGAGCAUGUCUUUCUUUACGUAUGGGAUGCUUAACUGGGAUGCAUUCAUCUAUGUUCCAAAUGGGAUAGGAGCCCUUCUCGCAAUCAUUCAACUGGGACUGUAUGGCUAUUAUAGUAACAAGGCUAAUGAAGAACAUGAACCUUUGAUUGUUUCCUACUCAUGAUAAUUUUUGCUGAAAUUCACAAGGAAAACUGAUAAAUGGUUGUUCAGAAGUGCAAUGCUGCUGUUCUUCCACAUUGGAAGAAUCCUAUAAGAUCUGUGCUCUUUCUUCUUCAGCUAUCUCUUCCGGUCACAUUGGCUGGUGCCUUGGGAAUUAUUUGUUUGCAUCAAGCAAUUCUUUGUCACAGGUGAUGUCCACCUGAUAUUUAUUCCGAUUGAUUCAUCCAUUCAUGAAUGGAAUACCUUCUUCCUGCUUGAGGAGUAUUUCCAUUCUUUGCUUUGUAUUUGGAAAAAUUCUUCAGCAAAUUUUGUAAUUUUUUGGGUGCAAAUGAUAAAAAGUAUGAUUAAUUUGGUUAUUC